AUGUGGAAUAAAUUUGAGGCAUCAUCGAAUGAAGAUGAAACACUUGGAGAUUCAUUCUUUACUAAUGGAUUAUUUAAGAUAUCGAAUGAAAAUGAGAGUGACACAGAUCCAGUUGUAAUCUCUUCGAUUCAUAAUAAGAGCAUAAUUAUUGGUGUCGAUAAGAGCUUAAUAAUAAUUGAAGAUGAAUCAACACUGGAUUGUAAAUUUCUUUGCUUUGGCUCCGAAAUCAAUUGUUUUGCAUUUUCAUCGUGUGGAACUUAUAUUGUUUGCUGCCUAAGUGAUGGAAACAUCCAUGGAGUUCACAUUAAAGGAUUUCCGAUUUUUAAUUCGAUUAUUCAGGAAGAAGACAUUGAUUCGAAGAAAUCUUUUAUUGACAUUCAGCUUGUUAAUGAAGUACUGUAUGUCCUCUGUAAGAAUAGUAAGAUAUACAAAAUCAAAGGAAUCGAGAGAGAGUUGCUUUUGGAAAUAAGUAAUUUUGAUAAUAAUGCACCAUCUUGCUUGAAUGAAAGUAUUUUAGAGGCUAUUAAUGUAGUCCGUGUCAGCAAUAACCGUUGUACUUCUUUGGUCAAUUCAUUUUGUGUCCUUAAAGACAUUUCUAAUGACAUCUUUAUCAUUAGCUGUGAUGAAUAUAUAACAAUCAUUGAAGGAGAACAGACAUUUCACAUUAAGUAUAACAAGAAUUUAGGAGCAGUCAAGAAAUUAAUAAAUUUGGAAAGUUACAUCAUUGGAUUAACAGAAAAUGGCUCAUUGAUUGAAAUCUGUCCAUUUUCAAGAAUUUUAACAAAAAUCAAAUCAUUAAAAGACAGCAACAUGAUGGAUAUUGAUGAUUUAAGAGUUUUAGAAUCAAAUGAUCAAUAUAUUGAACUCUUGACAUUAUCAAGUUCUUUAGACGAGGAAAGGCAAAUGAAAGUUGUGGAUUAUCCGUCGUUAUACAUAAAAAGUGAAUUAAUUUUACCGAACGUUUCAUGGCUUGUUACUCAGCCAAAAUCAGCUAUUAAUAUGUAUUACAUUGAAGGCUACAAAAAUGGACGAAAUUUUCUUCAAAACAUCGAAAUAAAAUGCAUAACUGAAGCAGAUCCUGAACAGCGAUUCAAAAAACUCAUUUUACGAGGACAUUUUGAUGAGGCCGAAGAAUAUGCUAAAGGUUGUGACCUAAAAUUAGCACCUUUACACGAGGCACGAGUCAAGAAGACAUUAUUAGACAUGUCUCUAUUAAAAACAGAUGAAAAAGUCGAAGAUAAGUUUGAAAUUCUGAUGAAGCAAUUGGAGAAUAUUGAAGAUAAAGAUUUCCUUGUUUCACUUCGAUUAAGCAGUGAUAUUCCCGAUAGAUCAUGUUUAACAAGAUUUCUUGAGUAUUUGCAGCAAAGCAUAGACACAAUCAAAUAUUUUGAUGAAAUUAAUGAGAUCAAUGAGCUUUUAUUGAGAUUAGAAACAUUACGUUUAAUUGAUCCUUUUGAUACUAACUUACAAUGGCGUAAAUUUCUUCAUCAAAAAGAUAUGCAACGUGUAGCAAUGGAUUACUUUAAAAGUGAUGUUUUAUUGUCCUGUUUAAUUUGGUCGCGGCAUGCAACAUCAAUAAUUCCAAACUUGAAUUUAGAAAUGUUUUACCAUUGGCUCGAUGGCAUACGAUCAACUAUUGAACCAUUUCAAUUGGUUCAAUUUUUAAAACAUUUUGCAUCCUGCUUUCUUCAAAAUUAUCCUGAACAAACUUCAAAACUUUUUGACUGGUGCAUCGAACGAACUCGUGAUUUGCAAUUUUCAAUUGCUUGGCCAGAAGUUGGAUUAGAGUUUAUUAAUAAUAUUAAGACAAUAUUUGAAGAAAUUGAGUUCAUUUUUGUCGAUAUAAGACGAUCUUAUCAUUAUAAUAUGGAAAAGAUACUUAAAGUAAUUUUCAUUCUGGAGGAAAUUGUCGUAUUAAAGAAAAACUAUCACCUUACAAUGUCGUUUGAUGAUUACAGCAGAAAUUCACCAGAAGAAACGGCUUUCAAACUCCUCCAAAGAAUUCAAAUUAAUAAUCUACAAAAGCUAGUGAACGAAUUCAUUUAUCCAUUAUUUAUGGAACAUGGAUUAGUUCCUGAAGAAACAAUCGUGCAAUACAUUAAUUUCUUAGCUCGGAAUAAGAAUAUUGGAUAUUGGCAGGAACGAGCAGCUCUCUCUAUCGAUUUAUUAAAUAAUGAAGAAAAUCGAUUAAAUUGUGCCUUAUUAAUACUCAAAGUAUCCCCUGUGCCAUGGUCUGAUGCUGUUCUUCCACUAGCGAAACUUGGUACAACAAGCAGUCAUCCUUUAGCUAAUUUAAUUUCGAUCGAACAUAAAAAUCAAGCAAUUAAGAUUAUUAAAGUAAAGUAUGGUUGGCCAGUAGAUUACUUUGACUUGGAACAAGAUAGAAUUAAGUUAGCACAACGAAUUUUAAAAGUAAAUAAUCAAGAAAUGAUUGAAGAUAUUAGAAUACUCGUAAAGUCGUCACUAGAUAUUGCUCAUGAUGCUUAUUUCUACUUGAUGCAACGUCUCGUAGAUACUGGAAAACUAGAUGAGUUUGUUGAAUUUGUGGAUAGUAUUCAAAAUGAUGAGAAGAGCAAUGGAAUGUUUCAAAAAACUAUAAAUAUUUUCAUUGAGCUAGUCCAAGAUGAGGAUAUUAUGGAAACAAGUGAUACAAUGAUGAAUUACGUUGAAGCGUUAAAGUUCUUGUUGCAAAAAUUGAAGGAAAGCAUUGAUGAAUGUGAUUACAACUUUCAAAAUGAGAAAAUUAAUACAAUCAAAAACAUCUAUCAACUUAAGGAAUUUAACAUGAAUGUCAGCAUUAAGGACUUAAAAAAGGCUGAAAAUAAGUUUUGUUCAAUGAAGGCUUGCAUCAAAAAGGUUGUCGAAAGUGUCGUUGAUAGUAUGUCGAUUGAUACAAUGUGGAUUCAAGUGAAUUUACUAGCACGCAUAUUUAAAGAGAACCGAAUCAAAUUAUUAUUUAUGAUAUGUCAAGAACUGAACAACAUUUACAUUACUUGUAAAGUCAUCGAUUGGCUUUGUGAGUCUGAAGAACAUUUCAAGAAUGAAGACAUCAAAAAUGCCUUUGAAUUUGCAUCACUCAUGAUUUCGCAACUGAUAAUUUCUUUAGAAAAUAACGAUUUUCAAUUAAAACAAGUUUAUGAUCCUCUAGCAUUCCCACUUGCAUAUAAUCUUAUGUUAAAAUGUCUGGUAGAAUAUGAUUUGGUCUGUCAUACUGCAAUUUUGGAACUAAUGCGAUGGGUUAGUCUUAUUUGUCACUUUUAUCCACGGAAUGUUAUUGAUUCUACACGAGAUUCUCGAGUAAUCGAUAGCAGAGUUUUCGUAUCAAAAAAGAUGAAUGGAGAUUUGCAACAGAAUGGAGCUAAACGAGAAUCUCUUUCAGUAUUUGACAAUUUCGAAGAACUCAUUAUUGUCGAGCAGCCAAAACAAUUUGACGAUAAAUUGUCUUCAGUCGUGGAAUGCGUUUGUUCUGCAAUUAAAAUUAUUACUCUUAGUAUGCAUUCAGACUUAAUGCCUUAUACAUUAUUCCGAAUGUAUAGCAUCGAUCAAAAUAGUCAAAAUCAAAGAAUUAAGGACGAGUUCUUCAGCUCAUUGGAAAAAUUAUUGAAAUUGAAAUUGUGCAUUGAAGCAUUUGUUAUUACGCAAAUGAUUUUAUCCCAUCAAAAGAAAUUAAAGGCGAUGAUUAUUCCGCCUCAUUUUAUUACGACGGUGAACAAAAAGAUGUUGAAAUUCGUAUUGAGUCAAAAAGAUCCGGAAUAUUAUGAUGCAUUUAUUAUUUUUCGAUCGGAAAUCAAUAAAAAUGUAUGCCUUGAAUAUCUGAAAGAAUCAUUAAAGAAUAAUUCACAGCGCAUAGCAUUUUCAACAUUCUCAGAAAUGUACAACAAGUAUAAGAAGAAUGAUGACUUUAAAGUUGAUCGCGAGAGUCGAUUAAAACUGUUUUAUUACUCUGAAAUCUGCAAAUCAUAUCCAACAUUAAGAGCAGGCGGUAAUCUUGAUAAUAUUGGAAUUAGUGAAUUCUUAAAAGAUUUAGAAAAUCAACAGUUGUCAAUUGAUUUGCUUCAAAGGUUGUCUAAAGAUUUUGAAUGGAACUAUCAAAAAGCUUUAGUGAAGCAAGUUAAGAUUAUUUUGAGCCAACAAAACUUAGAGUUUGAGAUAACUAAGGAUGUUUUCGGAAAGGAUGAAGUUAUUAUUAAAACGAGCAUUGAAUCAAUUAAGAAACAGUGUAUGCCAUACGUACAAGAAAUUACUGAAUUAAGUGCAUUUGGAACGGAACUUGAAGCAUGUUUUAAGGAAGUUAAUGAUUAUUUUUAUGAACUUUCGUUAGCAAUUCUUGAUAUGAUUGAAAAUUUUAAGGAAUUAUCAAUGCAUCACAAACUAUACAAAAAUAUCUUGAUUCUAUUAAAGCACAAAUUAACUUUUAAACGUCGAUCAAUUGAUGGCGAUGAGCAUGAAUAUUGGAUGAACACUUAUGCAACAGAAAGCUCAGUGUUACCUGCAAUCUCUUCUUGGCGACUUCCAUUCAAAAUGAUAUUAGAAGGAAUUCCAGAAGAUAUAAUCUCAAAAGAUUUAAAUGUGGAAAAUUUCGAAAUUUAUUUUCCAUUAAUCCAACUUCAUACAGCACUUUUUAAGGCAGAUGAUAAUAUUGAUCCAAAUGAUAGAAUAGAAAAAUGUGCAUUAAGUGCAGCUAAAAAUUCAGUUCAAGAUAUGAGAAAUCAGUCGGAAGUAACAGUUGGAGCUCAGUGGAACUUAAAGCCAAGAAAUAAUGCAUUUUUGCAGACAGUCAAACGAAUGGUUACAUAUUUGGAGAAUAAAGGUAAAGCACUUGCAAUCUUAUACUUUAUAGUUACAAAUACUCCAAAUGGUUUUGAUCAAAUGGAAGCGGCUCAUGAAUGCUGGAAAUUUGCUACGAUGUAUGAGGAUGUGCUCCUACUUAAUACAAAAUAUUGUGAUCUAGUCGAAAAAGCUAAAAGGAAAUAUCCAUUAUUAAAAACACAACAUUUAUUGUACGCUUUUGGCUUAGCUGAAGAUAAGAUGCUACAAUUAAUUGAGAAUCCUCGGGUAUUAAUCCAUGCUUUAUAUCAACAUGAUUCAAUAUUACAGUCUCAAAAGAAAGAAAUUAACAAAUUGUGUGAGGAAGUAGCAAAUCUUUACAAUCUCGAUUUAAUGACAAUUCAAAUAGAAUUAAUUGGAAGCUGGUUGGCAUUUGCUGAAGUAUCUCAAUCUGAAAAUUGUGAUGGAAAUGAUACAGUUUAUGAGGACUUUAUGGGCGGAUGUUCGAGUAAUGAAGAAAAUGUUGUAAGUGAUGAAAAUGUCAUACGUGCUUAUUACAUUCUUGGGAGCUGGAAUAACGCCACAGCUUUGGACUUUUUGGCAUGUGAAAUGAGCACUGCAAAAGCUCACACUGAAAAUCAACUUCAAUUAUACGAAUGUUUUGCAAAGCUCAUUGAUGAAAAUAACUCGAAUUAUAUCGAAUUGGUAAACACCAAGAGAUUUCUCUUGUUUCGUGUCUGUCAUCUUUUGAAACUUCUCGGAUAUAACAUUAAACCUGAAAAGUUCGAAAGCUUUGACAAAAUUGAUUUGCUGAAAAAAGUUUGGACUGGACAUAAUAACAAUCCAAUAGGGCUUGAAGUAAUGGUUCUCAUCUGUUUGGGAUUUGAAGUUCAUAUUCCUCAAAUUUGGAACGGAAUUCUAAAGCAAAUGGUUAAUCACAAUAUGAUUAAACAUUUGAUAAUUUUGGUAGAAAUUCUCUCAGCAAAGACAAAAUUUCUGCAUUUGAGUAAUUUGAAGCUUGCAUGGGAAUAUGUCAUUCAAUAUCCUUUAAUUCUUGGCACAAAAGUUCAGAAUUUUGAGGAAGAUCAAAAGCUCUCAAAAGCAUUAGUUUCAUUGCAAAAAUGUCCAAUUUCAACAUUCCUGAGCAUGAAAAGUCUUGCCGAUAAAUUUAUUAGAUUAGAACGUCCACACAUGGCUGCAAUUUGCAUAGCUUUUUCCAAAGAUUCGGAACGAGAGGAAAUUAUCAACAUGUUAUUAGACUGCAAUAAACGUGAAUUAAGCAAGAACAUUGAAUAUCUAGAAGAAUUCGGAAUAGCUCCUAUAAUCACUAAAUCUGUUACUAUUGCUUUGAAUUUAUAG